UUUUGAAGGUUUCUCACCAAAAAUAAUAAAAUUAGCAUAAAAACAUUGAUAAAAGCAUAGGAGAGUAAAAAUAAUACGCCGCGGUUGAAGGUCGACGCGUUUGACUACGUGUUUUUGUUUACAUUGCAACAUAUUGCUCCAAGAUGUCAAGCCCUAGCAAGAGCGAGUGCGAAUUAAAAGCCGGCCAUCCCCCUGCAGUGAAAGCUGGAGGGAUGAGAAUCACGCAACACAAGACCAGAAAGGAUUCUGGAGGCCUCACUGAGGACACCACCGGAAUCACAAUUUCGGGAAGCCCCCCGAAGACCACCACCAUCUCCGGGGCCGUCCCCAAGGGACACGCUGACUUCCCCGCCGAGGCGGUGCAAAGCUUUCACAAGGAAAAACCCCCAGUCUGUGUUCCCAACAAGCCAAUGAACCACAUCCAACAGCCAAGGAAAUAGGAUUCCGCAACACGUUUGCUAUAUUUUUACAUUUCUACUAUAGAAAGAAACGUUUCUAAUAUUUUUAUCGUGGGCUUGGGAUAGUUAUUAUUGAUAUAAUUUGACUAGAGUUGUUCUGACUACUUCUGUUUAAUAGAAUUUUUCGAAAAA